GAGGACACCGGCGGUGGUGAUGCGUUGUGUUUUGUGUUGGUUUUGCUAGGAUUUAAAUGAAAGAAGCUCUAAUUAUACGGUUAUUCUAAAAGCAAAUCUCCAUUAUCUUCACAAUGUCGGAGAAAAUGGGAUUCGAGACGUUACGAGCGAAGUACAAAGAUGUACUCUCAAAAGCCUUCAGCACUAAUAACAUUGACUUGCUUGACUCGUUCUCUAAGAACAUUAACGAGUCAGAUAGAAAAGCCGCCAUGGACCAAGCAUUUCGAGAUAAACUUCUGGAGCUUCUUAUCGAAGACGCGGAAACUCUUGAAAGCUAUGUGAGCUUCUGCAUAGAAUCGUGCCGAAGACACAUGGUCACUCCCACAAUGCCCGUAGUGCUUCUCGGCGAUAUAUUCGACGCUCUAACCUUAAACAAAUGUGAAAAGAUGUUCACCUAUGUUGAAAAUGGUGUAAACAUUUGGAAAGAAGAGUUAUUCUUUGUCGCUUGCAAGAAUAAUCUAUUAAGAAUGUGCAAUGAUUUGCUCAGGCGUUUAUCUAGAUCUCAGAACACAGUGUUUUGUGGAAGAAUUCUUUUGUUUUUGGCCAAGUUUUUCCCUUUCUCCGAGCGCUCCGGUUUGAACAUAGUUUCAGAAUUCAAUUUGGAGAAUAUAACGGAAUUCGGCGGAGACAACACAAGCACUCUAAAAGACUCUUUGGAUGAGGAAAUGAUGGUGGAAGAGAAGACUAAACUCAAUAUAGACUACAACCUUUAUUGUAGGUUUUGGAGUCUACAGGACUUUUUCAGGAAUCCAAAUACAUGUUAUAACAAGAUACAGUGGAAAACUUUUGUUGCUCAUUCUGGCAGUGUCCUUUCCGCCUUCUCCUCCUACAAGCUAGAAGCCAUAGAGCUCCAGAAAUCCAAGAUGAACCGUCUGAAGCCCGUCACCGACGAUGACAUGCACGGCACCAAGGAACAGCACUAUUUCGCCAAGUUCCUCACCAACCAGAAACUGUUGGAGCUACAGCUGUCGGACUCGAAUUUUAGGAGAUGUGUGCUUAUACAGUUCUUGAUACUGUUCCAGUAUUUGUCUUCGAGUGUUAAGUUUAAGAUGGAAACUCAAGAGCUAAAGAAGGACCAGACAGAUUGGGUAAAGGAAACCACAGCCCUCAUAUACCGGCUGCUAGGAGAGACUCCGCCGGACGGACAGCAGUUUGCUGAGUGCGUACAGCACAUACUGAAGCGGGAGGAGCAUUGGAACGCUUGGAAGAAUGAUGGUUGUCCUGAGUUCCAGAAGCCUAAACCCCCAGCUGCGGGUGAAGAGGAAAUUCGCAAGAGCAAAGUCCGGAGACGUCCAGUUGGUGACAUCAUCAAGGAAUACGAGGGGCAACAGAAGUGCUAUUUGGGGAACAAUGAUCUGACGAAGCUGUGGAACCUGUGUCCGGAUAAUCUUUCCGCCUGCCGCACUAAAGAACGGGACUUCAUGCCUUCACUACACAGUUACAUGGCGACCGCGCUAGAGCCGGGCGUGGGCGCGCGGCGGACAGCGGACGGCGCGUGGGGCUGGCGCGCCCUGCGCUUGCUAGCGAGACGCUCGCCGCACUUCUUCAUACACACCAACACACCCAUAGGCCGCUUACCCGACUACCUGGCCGACAUGGUGAAACGUGUGACGCGUGACGCCGCCUUAGCAGAGUCCAGUAGCAACGGAGACGCCGCUAGCGCCAUCAAGCAGGAACUCAAACAGGAGCCCACUGAAGAGGAGGGCGGCGAAGAACAGAUGGAAGAGGUGGUGAUCAAAGAAGAGGACAAUAAUGAUAUGGAGCAGGUGCCCGACUCGACCAACGACGAGGACGACGACAAGGCGGCCCGCACCCGCGUCACCAUGCUCACUCCCGCGCAGAUGGACGCGCUCUGCCCCGCGCUGGGCGACUGGAAGAAACUCGCCGCCAAGCUCGGCUUUAAGCCCGACGAGAUACAGUACUUUGAAACUGAGAACGCCACGGACUUGCUUAGAGCUAAGAACAUGCUUCAAUUGUGGUGUGAUGAUGAUGAGGACGCGUCGGUUGAGAACUUACUUUAUAUUAUGGAGGGGCUUGGGAUGGCCGAGGCGUGUGAGGCGCUUAGAAACGCUAAAUGAUAAGUGAUUGAAUAAUAAACGUAUAUUAUGGAGGGGCUUGGGAUGGCCGAGGCGUGCGAGGCCCUUAGGAACACUAAGUGAUAAGUGAUUGAGUAAUAAUCGUAUAUUAUGGAGGGGCUUGGGAUGGCCGAGGCGUGCGAGGCACUUAGGAACGCUAAGUGAUAAGUGAUUGAGUAAUAAACGUAUAUUAUGGAGGGGCUUGGGAUGGCCGAGGCGUGUGAGGCACUUAGGAAC